AUGACGAAUGGCGAGUUCAUUGGCCAGCUCUUCGGCGGAGAUACCGAUGACGUGACCAAAAUCGCCUUUUCUGAUGAUAACUCGAGAAUCGUUUCAGGAUCACAAGAAGGAACAAUCCGAUUGUGGGAUGCGAGCAUCGGCUUCAUCAUUGGUGAUCGCCUAACAGCUGCAGGAAAUAUACGAAUACCAGUCGAACGAACAGUUGGCGAUCUGCUUAUUGGGCAUGCAAAAGCGGUCUACUUCCUUCCACUUGCGUUCGGUAUUGGUAUUCUCUUGAUUGACGAGUGCCGCAAAUACGGUGUUCGGAAGUGGCCGAAGGGCAUUCUUACUUGGGUGGCUUGA